AGCAAAAAUGAAACUAUAGAUAAAAAAAAAACGAUAAAGUAAAAUAGAAAAAACAAAAACAGGAAAGAAAAUCGUGUGACUGGGUUUUGAAUGCCGUUUUGACUCUCUGCACAUUGCAACAGCACAAACACAAACAGAGUGAUCAUGAACGAUCACCAGGAGUGUGAAGUUCGCCAAAACGAUAAACCUGUUCGAGUUUAUGCCGAUGGAAUUUACGAUCUCUUUCACUUCGGUCAUGCACGUUCUCUUGAACAAGCCAAGAAAUCGUUUCCAAACACUUAUCUCCUUGUUGGAUGCUGCAAUGAUGAGACCACUCAUAAGUACAAGGGUAAAACUGUUAUGACUGAGGCCGAACGCUAUGAGUCUCUUCGCCACUGCAAGUGGGUUGAUGAAGUUAUUCCAGAUGUGCCAUGGGUAAUCAAUCAGGAGUUCAUUGACAAGCAUCAAAUUGACUAUGUGGCUCAUGAUUCUCUUCCUUAUGCUGAUACAAGUGGAGCUGGAAAGGAUGUCUAUGAAUUUGUUAAGGCUAUUGGAAAAUUUAAGGAAACACAGCGAACGGAAGGAAUUUCUACUUCUGAUAUCAUAAUGAGAAUCAUCAAAGAUUAUAACCAGUAUGUAAUGCGUAAUUUGGAUCGUGGUUAUUCAAGAAAAGACCUAGGUGUUAGCUAUGUCAAGGAGAAAAGAUUGAGAAUGAACAUGGGACUUAAAAAGUUGCAGGAGAGAGUGAAGAAACAGCAAGAGACUGUGGGAAAGAAGAUAGGAACAGUGAAAAAAAUUGCUGGCAUGAACCGUACUGAGUGGGUCGAAAAUGCUGAUCGAUUAGUUGCUGGAUUCCUCGAGAUGUUUGAAGAAGGAUGCCACAAAAUGGGAACGGCGAUCAGAGACAGAAUUCAAGAACAACUGAAGGCACAGCAGCUAAGAUCUCUUCUAUACGACGAGUGGGAUGAUGACGUUGACGAUGAAUUCUAUGAAAAUGAAUCUGUGGAAUACUACAGCGACUAAAGGGACGAAUAUGCUUGUUUAUUUACAGAUUGUGAACCGUUUGACAAAAUUAUGUGUCCUUUGUGUAAAAUAUUUGAUAUAUGUCAUAUACAUGCAAGAUGGUUUGGACAUUA